AUGUUUAGAAAGACAUUAUCAGAUAACAAAGAUGACGGAUCUAGAGCUGACUCCAUAAAAGUCGAUCUAAAGAGAAAAGCACCUCCGGAUCUGAAUAAUAAUGAAUCUGAGAACACCCUCAUCAAGGAACACUACUCUGGACUGCGCCUAAAGAAUCAACUAGUAACACCUUCCCAACUCGCAUCUCACAUGAACUCUCGCCGAUACAUUCAACUUGCGAAAAUCAAAUCAAGCAUUGACAAACACGAAGGCGAUAUCAUCGGAGAUUGGGUCACUAUAGCCCUAAUAGCUGAGAAAUCAUCGCCGCGAACAGCCUCAAAUGGGAAAAAGUACUGUGUCAUGAAGAUGACGGAUUUGACGCCAUUCGAUGCUAGUCGCUUGGGUACAAUCACUGUCUUCUUGUUUGAAAAGUCAUUUGAACGACACUGGAAGGAAGUUGUUGGAUCUGUUGUUGCUUUGCUGAAUCCUAAACUUGUGCCGCCUAAUGAUACGAAUCAUAGCUACGCUUUAGAGAUAGACCAUCCCGACAAGUUUCUCAAGAUUGGAAUGUCAAUGGACUUUGCAUUGUGUAGGCAUGAGACCUGUAAAGGUAUCAUCAACAAGGAGGCUGGCGAAUACUGUGAAUUUCAUGCUAUAAAGGCUUACAAGAAGUCAAAGCUACAUAGAGCCGAGUUUGCUGCCGCAACUAGCAACUUUAUUAUUGGAGACCCAACUCAAAAAGCCAAAAAGAAAGCAAGCAAAGAAGCAUCAUAUGCCUUCCAAAACACGACAGUCUUUGUUGGAGCCAAGAUUGAAGAUGAAUCCGAGAGACUGGAUUCUGGAAUGGCUAAAUUCAAGGCCAAAUAUGCUUCAUCUAAUGGUGAAGAGUCCAAGGAAGCAUUAGAUCAUUUGAUGGCACAGCCAACCGCUGGAGCUAAACAUCUAAGAAUUGCAAGGAAUGAAACAGCUCGAGUGAAACGGCCACAAAAUCUAUUCACUCCUGAACAGCUUCAGAAGAUGGGGUAUCUACCUACUGGAUCAAGGCAGAAACAGGACAAGAAGAAUCUUGUUGAGAAGGGUGAUGAUGCGGCAGAAGAGAAGGUGGAGGGGCAAGUGGAGGGGCAAGUUGAUUAUAUUGAGUUGACUGAUGAGGACUCUGAUGGGUGA